AUGCUGUCUCCAUUUCUGCUUAAGAAUACAACGCGUAUAGGAGGUAUGAGACGACUUGCAACAACGCUGCCGGCUGUGCAAGUGCUACAUCAGACGCAGACGCGUACAUUUGUGGCUAAACAGUUAUACAAGGUGGCCAAGCGCGUCAUGCCACGCAUGUCUGACACGGAGAAGGCGGCAUUGGAAAGUGGCACUGUGGGCUUUGACCGUGACAUCUUUUCGGGUUCCCCGUCGCUUGCUACGCUUGACAAGUACUCUGCGCAGCUCAAUGAGGAAGAGCAGGCGUUCAUGGACACUGAGGUACAGCAGCUGUGCGAGAUGAUUAACGAUUACGACAUAACACGCAACCAGGACAUGCCACUUAAAGUGUGGCAGUUCAUUAAAGAGAAGGGGUUCCUGGGAAUGAUCAUUCCGAAGGAGUACGGUGGCAAACAGUUCAGUGCGCACGGCCACUCGGUCGUGAUCACCAAGCUUGCUACACGCAGUGCCACAGCUGCUGUUACCGUGUGCGUGCCCAACUCACUAGGACCUGCAGAAUUGCUGCUUCGAUAUGGAACAGAUGAGCAAAAAAAAUACUUUCUCCCUGGGUUGGCUAAUGGCAAGCAUUUGCCGUGUUUUGGUCUCACGGGACCGUCGUCGGGGUCAGAUGCUGCUAAUAUGCGUGAUACGGGCAUUGUGUGCGAGCAAGACGGCGUACUGGGUAUCCGUGCGACGUUUAGCAAGCGCUACAUCACUCUAGCACCUGUUGCUACAUGUGUCGGCCUGGCUGUGGAUGUAAAGGACCCUCAAGGUUUACUGAAGGGCACGGGACACCCAGGAAUUACGGUCGCUCUCCUUGAACGCAACCAUCCUGGUCUUGAGAUGGGUCAACGUCACGAUACCAUUUCAAUUCCGUUUAUGAAUGGACCUGUGACGGGUGAGGACGUGUUUAUUCCAAUGUCGAAGAUCAUUGGUGGACAGACGCGUGUUGGCUACGGUUGGAAUAUGCUUAUGGAUUGUCUGGCUGAAGGCCGCUCGAUUAGUCUACCUGCGUCGGCUGUUGCUGGAGCUAAGCUGUCGGUCAACGCUGUUGGUGCCUACGCCCGCAUUCGCAAGCAGUUCAAGGUUCCGAUUGCCAGUCUGGAAGGCAUCCAAGAGCAACUUGCUACCAUGGGCACGAACGCAUUUAUUAUGACAAGUGGUCAGCACAUGGUGAACGCUAUGAUCAACCAACACGAACAGCCUGCCGUUAUUAGUGGUGUGUGCAAGCAACAAAUCACGGACCGUGGUCGUGACACAGUCAUUCGCGCUAUGGAUGUCCUCGGUGGCGCCGGUAUCUGCAAGGGUCCCAACAAUUUUCUUGCUAACAUUUACACAUCGCUGCCAGUGGUCAUCACGGUCGAGGGUGCAAACAUUCUGACGCGCUCCUUGAUUAUCUUUGGCCAAGGUCUUACUCGCGCUCAUCCUCACUUAUACGAGCUUAUUAAGACAAUCCAGCACGGCGACGACGUGGAAGGAUUUAAGAAGGAGCUGGUAAAGCUAGUAAAGCAUGGUGUGACGAACACAACUGGCUCGUUGAAGACGGCUGUCACACGUUCGCGCUUCAAAACGCAGAGCGGUCUGCUUACACACUACGAAUCUCAGAUGGACAAGCUCGCGAAAAAUUUUGCUGCGUGCGCAGAUCUGUCGUUGGUGCUUGGUGGCAAGCUCAAGUUUGCUGAAAUGGUCUCGGGUCGGUUUGCGGACGUGUUCUCGAGCCUAUACUUGGGAUACUCGACAAUGUGGUUCUACAAGAACAACCGCCACGUUGAAGGCAUCGACACGAUCUUCGACUCCGCCAUGACGCAGCUGUGCUAUGAAGCACAGCAGGGUAUCGUCGGCAUUAGCAAAAACUUUCCUGUGCCAGGUGUCGGUCCAAUCAUGCGCAGAGUGUCGUUCCCAUUCGGCUUGCCGUACGGUCCCCCGACAGACAAGCAGGCGCGCCAGGUUUCAGAUCUGAUCUCUACUGACUCGGCUGUGCGUCACUUGUUGAGCGACAACGUGUUUGUAUCGAAGGACCCCAAGGACCGUGUGGCGCUUCUGAACGCGACAUUGCCGAAGGCUGUGAAGGCGGACCGCACGCUCACUGCACUUCGUAAACAGAAGCGCAGUGCAACUAUUGACGAGCAAAAGUUCAUCGAUGAUGUCGAGGCUGCACGAGAAGUUAUCAUCCAAGUGGACAAUUUCGAUGGUCUCGGUGCUGAAAUUGGAAAGCCUAAAGACUACGUUCGCCCAGGCAUGAUUGGCAAUAUUUUCGACGAGAAGAAAUAA